AUGAAUGGCCAUGACGAUGGUCCAUAUCUCGCUAGGGCUGCACGAGCGCGGCAUGCCAACCCUGUCACGCCUUUCAGGGUGUUCGUAUGCGUGAGUCUGUCGCUGCUGGUGGGGCUGCACGUGUACGCGUAUCUGUGGGGGCCGCACGAGAUCGCGACCAGCAUUUCGGACGUCAAAUACUUUGUGAUGCAACUCUCUAGAGAAAUAUCACAGGUACAUCGGAAACAUGAGCGCCUGCAAUCAGAGGUAGAGCGCGUGUCAUCAGCGCUGCCGGCCGUGGCGGCGGCGGCGGGGCGCGCCAAGGAGGCGCUGAGACCGGCGCACGCCAACAGCCGGCACAGCCUGGCCGACUACGACCGACAGAUGGGUGAUUACGCGCUGGAGUCGGCGGGUGCUCGCGUGCUGGGCACCGGCGAUACCGUGGGCCACUUCCACUACGACGGGCCCGUCAGCUGGGCGCUGCACGAGCUCACGGCCUGGGCGUGCCACGAGUGCCAGGCAGCGCGUGCGGUCAUUCAGCCAGGGACGUUGCCGGGCCAAUGCUGGGCUUUCAAGGGGGAGCGAGGCGAGGUCGUCAUCAGACUGCUCGCCACCGUCCACGUCACGGGCCUCAGCCUCGAGCACAUACCCCCACAUAUUGACCCUACCAGGGAAAUACUAUCAGCACCUCGCCAGUUUCAACUAGAAGGGCUAAAGUCCCGUACGGACACUUCGCCUCACGACUUCGGUAUUUUCGAAUACAACAAGAACGGUAAUCCUAUCCAGUACUUCGACGUAACUUGGCAAGCGCCGCAAGGGUUCAACAUUGUACGGUUUAAGGUGCUAUCUAACUGGGGGCACCCGGUGUACACAUGUGUGUACCGCGUCAGGGUGCACGGGGACCUCCUGCCCGGACAAGCGCCGCAGAGCCGUGUGACUGUCCAGGAGGAGGCAAGGAUCGACAUCGGAUGACCAGACCUGUACCAGCUUUAAUGUUAAAUUUAA